GACGACACAGGAAUAUAGAGAAGCCUGAGAAGCCAAUACGUACCACAUCUCCCUCUCUCUCCGAUACUCUUCUUCCGGCCAAUCUUUCACGUCCGGCGACUUCUUCCGACUUCAAAUUUGACGCCCUUCUCUGUUCCCAACCUUUUCUCUAGCAAAGAUCGCGCCUUUCUUCUUUCGCUAAAAAUCCAAUCCUAGGGUUAGGUUUUCCAUUCCCAAUUUUCCCCCAAAUCAAAAUCCAAUUUCACGAUGGGGAAGAACGACUUCCUCACGCCGAAGGCAAUCGCGAACCGAAUCAAAGCCAAGGGGCUGCAGAAGCUGCGGUGGUACUGCCAGAUGUGCCAGAAGCAAUGCCGCGACGAGAACGGCUUCAAGUGCCACUGCAUGAGCGAGAGCCACCAGCGCCAGAUGCUCAUCUUCGGCGAGAACCCCAACCGCGUCGUCGAGGGCUACUCUGAGGAGUUCGAGACCAGUUUCUUGGAGCACAUGAAGCGCAGCCACCGCUUCAGCCGCAUCGCCGCCACCGUCGUUUAUAACGAGUACAUCAACGACCGCCACCACGUCCACAUGAACUCAACGGAGUGGGCCACGCUGACGGAGUUUGUGAAGCAUUUGGGGAGGACCGGCAAGUGCAAGGUGGAGGAGACGCCGAAGGGGUGGUUUAUUACUUAUAUUGAUAGGGAUUCGGAGACUCUGUUUAAGGAGAGGGAGAAGAUGAAGAGAGUGAAGGCCGAUUUGGCGGAGGAGGAGAAGCAGGAGAGGGAGAUUAAGAAGCAGAUUGAGAGGGUUUAUCAGUCAAUGCCGAAUGCGGAUAAUGUAGAGGGUCAGGGUGGUGAGGAGGUGAAUAGGGAGUUGAAAGUGGAGAGUGGUGUGAAAGUCGGGUUUGCGCUUGGGGGGUUGAAGAAAGAGAAAGGGGAGAGUUCGAAAUUGGUGUUUGAGGAGGUGGAGGAUGAGAGGAAGAGUAAGAAGGCGAAAACCGGGGGUGGUAAUGGUGGUUCAGGGAGCUUGGCGUUGGAAGAGUUGAUGAGGGAAGAGGAGAGGAAGAAAGAGAGGGUUAAUAGGAAGGAUUAUUGGGUGUGUGAGGGGAUCAUUGUGAAAGUUAUGAGUAAAGCUUUGGCGGAGAAGGGUUACUACAAGCAAAAAGGAGUUGUGAAGAAAGUGAUUGACAAGUAUGUUGGGGAGAUUGAAAUGCUUGAAAGCAAGCAUGUCUUGAGAGUUGAUCAGCAGGAGCUUGAGACGGUGAUUCCGCAAAUUGGGUGCCUUGUGAAGAUUGUGAAUGGCGCGUACAGAGGAUCGAAUGCAAGGUUGCUGGCAGUGGACACGGAUAAGUUUUGCGCUAAGGUGCAGAUAGAGAAGGGCGUCUAUGAUGGUAGAGUGCUUAAAGCUGUUGAGUAUGAGGAUAUUUGUAAACUUGCAUAAUGUGUUUGAUAGAAAUUUGUUCUGAUGGAGAUUGAGCCAUAAAGUGGAUAAUCAUCUGCUUUUCAAAGAUGUGUUAGCCUGUUUUGAAACUCCAUUGUGAUACUCCUGCACUCAUUAUAUGUUUAAAAAAUUACUGGUAAUUUGAAAAAACUACAAAA